AGGAGGCGCUGAAUACUUUGGUUUACUUUUACCAAGUUAAUUAGCUAAAGCUGUUCUGAAAGUGUACGGUACUCCUUUGUCAUGACGGCCCGUAGAUCUAAAUGCAUGUGUUAUGGUGGAGGUCAAUAACCACCAAUGGAAUGUUGUUCCCUGGUGCCCCAGGCUCCGCCUCCACCUGUGGGACCAGGAAGCAUCCGUGAUAAUGAGCGACUGGGGACAGGAGCUCUGAUUAAACCUGGACGCAUCUUCAUUCCUCUGAAUUAGUCUAUUGCACAAAGUUCUGUGCAGCCCCUGUGGUUGCCGGCUCUCAUCAUGAAGCGUGAGGAUUGUGUCCGGGGUCUCUCCGUGUUCCUGGCUCUCUCUAUAGGAUUUGCACUGGGCCAGAGACAACCACAGAAUAACUACACCAGGCCGUCGUUCCACUGUGGCGGUGAAAUGGCUGCAGAUUCUGGCUUUUUAGGAAGUGAAGAUUUUCCAAGCUACUAUAAACCUAACAGCAAAUGUACCUGGCGCAUUACAGUCCCAGAGGGUAAUGUGGUCAUGCUCUCCUUCCGUAUCUUCGACCUGGAGGCUGAUGCCAUGUGUCGUUAUGACUACCUGGAUGUAUACAAUGGCCACUCCAACUUGGUGCAGAAGCUCGGGAGGUUCUGUGGAACAUUUAGGCCUGGUACUCUGAUCUCUACCACCAACACCAUGAUGCUGGAUAUGGUCUCUGACUCUGAGACAGGAGGGAGGGGAUUCCUGGCUUACUUCAAUAGUGGAAAACCAAAUGCAAAUGAUCCCCAAUUCUGUGGAGGCAAGAUGACAAAAGCCCAGGGUGAAAUUAAAACACCAAACUGGCCUGAUAAAAAUUACCCAGCAGGCAUCAGUUGCUCUUGGCUCAUCACAGUAGAGCCGGACCAGGUGAUACAGGUGAAGUUCGACAAGUUUGACGUGGAGUCAGACAGUUACUGCCGCUUUGACUAUGUGGCCUUCUUCAACGGGGGAGAGAAAGAUGACUCUCGACGCAUUGGAAAAUACUGUGGAGUGGUCAGCCCUGAACCCAUUGUGACCUUCGGGAACGUUCUCCUGGUGCAGUUUGUCUCUGACCUCAGCGUGACCUCUGAUGGCUUCAUGGCCAGUUACACAAGCAUCCCCCGGGGAUCCAGAACGCCCACAGUAGACAGCACAGUCUCCGGAUCCCGUACCGAGUCAGCUCCCCGGAGGCCAGCUGUCAAACCCAUCCUGCCUGAGAGAACGGUCACCACCACCACCACCCAGCCACCCACUACAGCCAAAUACCAAGCACCACCGACCCCACAGCCCCAGGAGCCCACUGCAAGGCCCAAACCAGUCAAACCAGUUAGGACCCGCCCAGCCAACAAACCAGACAAGCCCGGAGUUAGACCAGAUGGUAAAAGGCCAGUGCCCUUGAACCCACUGUGUGCAAAGGCAUGUAAGAGGGAUGGGAACAUCAAGAGCAGUUUCUGCAGCAGUGAAUUUGUGAUCACGGGGAAGGUCACAGCGCUGACCCCUGGCCCUAAGGGCAGCGUCCACCUCAGUGUGUCACUCAUCAAGGCCUACAAGGCCGGCCGGCUGACCAUAGCCCAGAUUGGAGAGAACAUGUCUGUCAAACUGGUGUCAGCAUGCAGGCAGUGCCCUGUCAUCCGCAAAGGUAUGCCUUACAUCUUGAUGGGCCAGGUGGAUGAGGACGGGCGAGGAACAAUGGCUCCAGGGGCAUUUACUGCUCCAUACAAGGCCCAGCAUCACAAACUGCUGUCCAAUAUCAACAACCAACCGUGCUAACCUCACACCCAAGUCCACCAGUCUGAGGCCAUUAAAUUCCAACUGGUGCAGGGAUACUGUGACAACCAAGGUCGCAGUGUCCUGAAAGGAUCAUGAAGCAUCUUUUUAAUUCCUAUAAUUUUUGAUAACACUAAGUUAAUUGCUGAAAUCUCUGGGUCUGCAGUAUCACAGGUGAUACUGAUGAAAGGCCCUAAGCAAAAGUGAAAGGCCCUUAACAAAAGUUCUACCCACCCCACAAUAGGCCAAUAUGGUAUUAUUUUUGUAGUUUUAUACACAUGCAAAUCUCAGGCCUUGUAUUUGUAAUUUAUGUCUCCAAAUAAAGGAUUUAUAAAACAUGG